CACAGGAGGAGUUUUUAGGAGGGUCAAAGUUUUACCCAAACAAAGGGAGAGUUUCAUCUGAAGGCUGUCAACACUUUAACUUUUUAAAGACUUAAGGAUCCAAACCCGAGCUUUAAAUAAACCAAACGUCCGGCGGAAAGAUCUUCGUAGCUGUUAGAUGGUGAUCAGGCAAUUUGGAUUGACCAUGGUCCGUUUUUUGAAGUUUUUCACGGUGGUGGGUGAUGACCAAGAGGCUGUUUCAAAGUGGCAUGAUGAAGACCUAAAAGUCAGCGAAGACUUGGAGCCUCCAAAUCUAACGACCUCACAGCUGACGUUCAGAGACGGUCUGAAACGUCUCUUCAGCUCAGAGAAAUUUCAGAUAGCUGUUGUGAUUCUGGUGAUCUUGGAUGCCUUAUUUGUUCUGUGUGAGCUGCUGUUAGACCUGUCUAUAAUCGAAGUCGAUGAGCAUCACAUCGCUCCAGAGGAGUUUCACUACCUCAGCUUGGCUCUGCUCACCUUCUUCAUGGUGGAGCUGGGCUUUAAGCUAUACGCUUUCCAGAUGGAGUUUUUCCACCACAAAUUUAAGCUGUUUGAUGGAAUUGUUGUGAUUCUGUCUUUCAUCAUGAAUAUCGUGUACAUCUACAAAGAGAACGCCUUUGAUGCCAGAGGCUUGCUUAUCCUGGUCAGGCUGUGGAUCAUUAAUGGUAUUCUGUUGUCAGUGAAGAGUCAAGCUGAUCACAAUGUGAACAAACUGAAAGAGGAAAAUGAUCGCCUCCUCCAUCAAAUCAGCGAGCUGCAAGAGCACAAAACCGCAAUGGAGCAGGAGGUCACCAAGCUGAGUGCACUCUUAAAGCACUACAUCCAGCGUGCUCAAUUUUAGCUCUACAAGUUGCCACAUUUUCUUGAUGAGCUUGAAAAACCAGACCCAAAAUGCAGGACGUUCUCCAUACUUUUUUAACCCUCCUGCAGACCUUUUCUGCAUUCCUAGGAAAAUUAGGAGCACCGAGUCAACUUGACCUGGUCUGUUUUGACUGCUUAUAAAAAAUGAAGUAUAUA